AUGGCUAGUGAAGAUUACACCAGUGUGGAUGAAGAAUCUUUACAAGAGAAAGCAAUAGAUGAUUGGCUUCCAAUCACUUCUUCAAGAACUGCAAAAUGGUGGUUUUCAGCUUUCCACAACGUCACCGCCAUAGUCGGGGCUGGAGUCCUCGCCCUCCCUUACGCUAUGGCUCAACUCGGAUGGGGGCCUGGAGUGACAGUGUUGGUUGUGUCGUGGAUCGUGACGCUCUACUCGCUGUGGCAAAUGGUGGAAAUGCAUGAAAUGGUUCCUGGGAGGCGGUUCGACAGGUACCAUGAGUUGGGACAGUAUGCUUUCGGACAAAAGCUUGGGGUGUGGAUCGUGGUACCAGCACAGCUAACAGUUCUAGUCGGAUUGAACACGGUUUACCUCAUCACAGGCGGCCAAUCCCUCGCCAAAUUUCAUGAUUUGGUUUGCACAGAUUGCCACAGAAUCAGCACUACUUACUUCAUACUCAUCUUUGCUUCUGUUCACUUUGUGCUCUCCCAACUCCCCAGCUUAAACUCAAUCUCCGGCGUCUCUCUUGCUGCCGCUGUUAUGUCCAUAAGUUACUCGACCGUUGCAUGGGCUGCUUCAGUUGAUAAAGGCGUUCAACCGGCCGUGGAAUAUGGAUAUAAGUCGAAUACAACAAGUGGUACCGUCUUCAACUUCUUCAAUGCAAUGGGGACCAUUGCCUUCGCCUAUGGCGGCCACAACGUGAUCAUGGAGAUCCAAGCGACUAUGCCUUCCACUCCACAUAGGCCUUCCAAGAAGCCUAUGUGGAAGGGAGCUGUGGUUGCUUAUGUCAUCGUCGCACUUUGCUAUUUUCCUGUUGCUACAAUUGGAUACUGGAAAUUUGGCAAUGCAGUCGAUGAAAACAUCCUCAUCACACUCCACAGGCCGAGAUGGCUCAUCGCCAUGGCUAACAUGUUUGUCGUGGUUCAUCUCAUAGGAGGCUACCAGAUUUAUGCAAUGCCGGUUUUCGACAUGAUAGAAGCUGCGCUGGUGAAGAAACGCAAGUUCAAACCGAGUUGGUAUCUGCGAUUUUUCUCCAGGAAUCUAUAUGUUGCGUUGACAACGUUUCUUGCUGUGACGUUCCCUUUCUUCAACGCGCUUCUUGGAUUUUUCGGAGGAUUUGGAUUCGCGCCAACGACAUAUUUUCUUCCUUGCGUGAUGUGGCUAGUUGUUCACAAGCCGAAAGUGUUCAGCAUGUCUUGGUUCGCUAAUUGGUUUUGCAUAACACUUGGUGUUGCUUUAAUGGUUGUUGGACCAAUUGGAGGGCUACGAGAGAUUAUACUUAAAAACCAAAAUCAGUUUCUACAAAUCAUGAACCUUUUUUUAUCACUGUAUGUUUCUUUCAAGUUUGCCACAUUUCUAAUUUGUCGCCGCCCCUGUACGGACGAUGUUUGUGACCAGAAAGCUCAUCCUUCUAAAUAA